UGUGUCGACGACGUAGCGUGUGAUUAGGUGGUAUUUGCGCGGCCCUAAACACACCUGAUGUUUGUGUUUUCGAGUUUCGCGUGAUAAAGUUAAUAUCUUUGUCACGCGAGCGCCUUCGUGCGCGACAACCGGACGUGUUUUUUUUCGGGGCAUGUAAAACUGUCACAGAGGAUCGACGUCGCGCACCGUCGGUCCCUCCUUCCGAGAUGUGGACAACGACAAAAACCACCAAGUACGGCGUCGCUGUGUACAACUGGCGAGGGGACACGCGCUACGGACUACCGCUCGAAAUCGGAGAAACCGUGCAGAUCCUGGAAGAGUGCGCGGGAUGGUACAGAGGCUUCUCGACGAAGAACCGUGCGGUAAAAGGCAUCUUCCCGAGUUCCUACGUGCAUCUGAAGCCCUGCAAAAUCGACAAUGAGGGACUCUUCGAGUCGGUCAUACCGCUGGAGGACCCGGUGGUGCGGGAGGUUACCCUGGUCCUGCGGGAAUGGGGUGGCAUUUGGAAGAGACUUUAUGUGGAACGGGAGGAGUACAAAUUCAACGCGUUGCGCAAAGUAAUGCGGGAGUUGCUGGAAUGGCGACGGCAACUUUUGGCAGGGACCCUCACCACCGAUCAGACACGAGAGUUGAAGUUGCGGAUAAUCAAUAAAGUGGACUGGGGAAAUCGGAAGCUCGGCUUGGAUCUCGUGCCACGUCAGGGUGCUCACAUGGUGGAUCCAGAUACCAUGUCCGUCGUGGAAUUAUAUCACGUGCACGUGCAGAGCGCCGAGAAUUCACAAGGCGCUUCCGCCCGCGGCACUCUACGCCGCAAGGAGCACAAAAAGGUCCUGACUCACCACCUGUACUUCUGCAUGCGGGACUUUGGCCACUCGGUCGGCGAAGACACCGAGAUCUAUUUUUCCUUGUUCGACGCUAAGCGCCAGCAAUAUCUGAGCGAGCGUUUCCUGGUGCGCAUCAGCAAGGACGGCUUCUCAAAUUACGUAGAGAAGAUGCACAGCAACUGCACUAUCUUUACGGAUUUAGGCAAUUCCGACCUGAGCCGCGAUCUCUACAUGAUCGCACACGUGAUGCGUUGCGGCCGGAUGUUAUAUUCGGACUCUGGUAAGAACAAGACCGGCACCGCGACUUAUCGUCGACCGCACGGAGUGGCGGUUCUUUCCUUGGCGGAAGCUGCGCAGGAUCAUACCGAAGAACUCGAAAUGACCUUUAAGGUAUAUCAAGGUGAGGAGAAAGAGUUCCACCAGUUGCACGAGCAAAUCAUACGUAACAACAAGUGUUCUCCUCUACCCGGACAGCCCAAUUACGGAAUCGUCGUAUCCCUGCGUAUUCUGCACGGCGAAUUGUCCCAGGUUCGGGAAGAGAACCCGUUGCUAUUCAAGAAUAUCUGUCUCACGAAGAAGCUCGGUUUCUCGGACGUCAUUAUGCCGGGCGACGUGCGUAACGAUCUCUAUCUGAAAUUGGAACGCGGAGAAUUCGAACGCGGCGGCAAAUCUACCGGCAAAAACAUCGAGGUGACUAUCCUGGUUCUGGACGCGGACGGUCAGCCUUUGGAAGAAUGUCUUUUCGGAGCCGCCGGCAUGGACGGCAGCUCCGAAUAUCAAAGUUUGGUCAUAUACCAUCACAAUAGCCCGUCGUGGGCGGAAACCAUGAGACUGGCGAUACCCAUCGACAAGUUCUAUGGGAGUCACGUACGAUUUGAAUUUCGACAUUGUUCCACACGCGAGAAGAACGACAAGAAGCUGUUUGCCUUCGCAUUCGUCCGUUUGAUGGAACCUGGAGGUGCCACUCUCCAAGACGGUCCGCACGAAUUGUAUAUUUACAAAUGCGAGGAACGCGCGAAAUUGGAUUCCCUGAGUUAUCUGGCCUUGCCGAGCAGCGCGAGAGAACCGGUUGCUUCGGGCCCUACAGCUUUCUCCAGGUCGCCAAAAGAAACUGUGUUCGUGCACACUUUGCUCUGCAGCACCAAGCUUACGCAAAACGUCGACUUACUCAGCCUGCUGCAGUGGAAAGCCCAUCCCGAGCGAAUAUCAGAAGCUCUUGGUCGCGUGCUUCGACUAGACGGAGAGGAGUUGGUCAAGUUUCUACAGGAUAUUCUCGAUGCGUUGUUCGCCAUGUUUCACACGGAGGACGGCAAUUCUACGGCACACUCUGGCCUAGUUUUUCAAGUUCUUGUGUCCAUCUUCAGUCUGCUCGAGGAUUCGAAGUUUGAGCACUUCAAGCCGGUGAUGGACGCUUACAUCUCGGAUCACUUUGCCGCAGCUCUUGUGUACAAGGGCCUCCUCAGCAGCGUGCAGCACUGCGCCGACUGGGUGACCGCAGCGGAAAAGCAAGAACCGAUCAUGAAGUGUUUCCGCUCGCUAGAAUACAUCUUCAAGUUUAUUAUUCAGAGUCGGCUGCUGUUUGCUCGCGCCACCGCCGGCCAGUACGAGGACAGCUUCAAGCGCGACCUGUAUUGCGUGUUUGCGGCGCUUAACAAAAUGCUCGGCAUCCCCUACGAAAUGGUGCUGCUGUCGCAGAUCGCGCUGCUGUUGUCGAUCGCGGCGGUGUUCGAACAGCUUGUGGCGGUUCUACCGAUUCUCGAGGUGGCCAAACUCACUUGCACAAUGCUCGACUCGAUGCCUCGAGAGCCAUCGUUGCAGCUCACAAAAGCAAAACUGGUUGCCAUCAAGAAUCUUACGAUGUCCAGUUUGUUCCGUGAUGACGACGAGAGCCGCAACUUGUUGCUUGUCACCGUAUGCCGUCACCUGCGCAUUCACCUAGCUCGCCGGGAAGAACUGCCGUCUUGCACCGAUAUUUUGGGUGAAAUACUCAGCUUUCUGCACAAGCGCGGCAGGGACACAAACAAGGUCAACAACUGUAUCCACCACGACGUCGAAACACUCUGCCUAUCGGUACUUGACGUACUCAUACAGACAAUAUUGAUUGUGAUCAACGCCAGUGGACAGGUCCUCGGUUGUCUCGUCGCUUGUCUGAUCGGGUUGCUCCAGCUACUCGACGAAUACCAUUACGCUCGACUCUGGGAAGAGCUGACGCAUGCCGGCGAUCGAAAACCGCUCAAAGAUUUUCUGCUGCGAGUGUUUCUGGUGCUGCGCGAUCUCGUGCGCCAGGAAGUGUUCCCGCCAGACUGGUUGGUUAUCAGGAUGCAGGCCAACAAUGUCAUUCUGCGGUCGCUGCAGGAACUCGCGCAGCCGCUUGCCUUCCGCUUUCUCCAUGGCAGCUUCGACUCGCAGCUAUGGUCCACAUACUUCAAUUUGGCGGUGGCUUAUCUCACCCAACCGUCGCUCCAACUUGAACAGUUUUCCGAAGUAAAACGGGAGAAGAUCGUGGAGAAGUACGGCGACAUGAGAGUGCUCAUGGGAUUCCAGAUAUUGUCUAUGUGGUCGCAUCUGGGUGAGCGUAAGCUCGAAUUCAUACCGGGCAUGGUGGGGCCUUUCCUCGAAGUCACUCUCGUACCGGAGAGCGAACUUCGCAAGGCGACUUUACAUAUCUUCUUUGACAUGAUGGAGUGCGAGCAGCAGGGUCGCGGCAGCUUCAAAUCGGUGGAGUCAGAGUUGAUCGACAAGCUCGAUAUUCUUAUCAGCGAGAACAAGGGCGACGACGAAUAUAGGCAACUGUUCAAUACCAUGGAACAUCUUAGUGCCGUAUUAUUGGAUAGAGUGCAGUCGGAAGAUCCAACUUGGAAGGACAGCGGUACAGCUUUCAUAACGUCUGUUACGCGUUUAUUGGAAAGACUUCUCGAUUAUAGAAGCGUCAUUCAGGGUGACGAGAAUCGCGACAAGCGCAUGUCAUGCACCGUAAAUCUCUUGAAUUUCUACAAGAACGAGUUUAAUCGGAAAGAGAUGUAUCUGCGCUACAUCUACAAGCUGCACGAUCUUCAUUUGGCCGCCGAGAAUUACACGGAAGCCGGCUUCACGAUGAAACUGUACGCCGAUCAAUUGGGCUGGGGCUCGACCAUCCUACCGCCUGAUCACGCCCAUCCUCAGCAACCCGAGUGGCAACGCAAGGAGCUACUUUACCACAAGAUCAUUCAUUAUCUCGAUCGCGGCAAGUGCUGGGAGAAAGGCAUUCCGCUGUGCAAGGAGCUGGCGGUUCUUUACGAGACCCGACUGUACGAUUACGCCAAGCUCAGUAACGUGUUAAAGCUGCAGGCCAAGUUCCUAGAUAACAUUUUGACGCAAUUACGUCCGGAACCGGAAUACUUCCGCGUGGGAUUUUAUGGUCUCAGCUUUCCACUUUUCGUUAGAAACAAGCUGUUCAUUUAUCGCGGUUUGGAGUACGAGCGAAUCGGGGCAUUUACGCAACGAUUGCAGACAGAGUUUCCCUGCGCGCAGAUUUUGAUGAAGAAUUCUCCCCCUGACGAGAGUAUUUUGACGUCUGAGGGUCAAUAUAUUCAAAUUUGUAAUGUGAAGCCGAUUCCCGAGGAGGGCAGUCUGGGUUGCAGCGGCGUCGAAGUUCCGGAGCGUGUGGUCGCUUUUUAUCUGGUGAACGACGUGCGCAAAUUUACAUUUGACCGGCCGCUACAUCGCGGCCCAGUGGACCGUGAAAACGAAUUCAAGUCGUUAUGGAUCGAAAGAACGACACUGACGACGGAAGCAAAGCUACCGGGAAUUCUCAGAUGGUUUGAGGUGAUCGAGAAACGAUCAGAGCUUUUGGCACCGGUGCAAUACGCCUGCGAAACGAUGCAGAGCGUGGAAAGAGAGUUGAGGCGAUUGAUGGCACAGUACACCGCGGAGCCGCACAGAAACAUCAAUCCGUUCAGCAUGCGGCUGCAAGGUAUCAUCGAUGCGAACGUGAUGGGUGGCAUCACAAAGUAUCAGGAAGCGUUCCUCACGCCAGAAUUCGCACGGCAAAAUCCCGAAAUGGUGCCACACGUGAACAGACUGAAAGGAUUGAUUCUGGAUCAGAUGAGCGUUUUGGAAUCAGGACUAGUGUUGCACGGUCAGAUCGCGCCGACUGGCGUCCAGCCACUGCACAAGAGGCUGAUCGAAAGAUUCACGCAGCUCAAACAAGGUCUCGGCUCGUUAGCCAGACAGAGAACCAUUCAUCAAGAUAGCAUUGUGAAUUCACCUCUGCCACCUCUGCCGGUCAACGAUAAGCAGCGUCCAGCCACUUUGGAAACUGCCGGUUCCAGAGUGUCGCAUGCCGACAGCGACGGACUUCCCGAGGAUGAGGGCUUUUACACCCGAGUUGACGGCGCGCCACCGCCUAUUCCACAACGAGAAGUCCGGCCGCGUUCCGUUGGCUAUGGCACAACUCCGCCCAGACCUACGCACCAAAGAUCUCUCAGCAAACCGCUGAGUCCGAAACUGCCAUUGAGGCAUUCCUUGCCUACUCCGACUGACGGUGUGGACCAAAGCGGCCUUAGAACUUCCUGGAGCGAACCUGGACCUGAACCCGCUCCGCCGUUACCACCCAGAGGAUGUACGCCAGAUAAGAGGGAUUCCUCAAAUAUGAAUACGAACACGAUGGUGCCGCCGGCGCCUCCCAAACGCGGUUUAACUCACAAACGCACAAAUACAGAAUGGAGCACAGACGACGACUCCGAGAUCACAGAACCGAGAAACGACCAGAGCGACCUUCGCGAUAGCGGCAUUUCCACGGCCAGUCUUCUGGACUUUCAGUCACACAUGUCGAAUCUGAACAAUCUCGGCUACGAGGACUUUGAGCCACGAUCCAGAUGCAACGACAUCAUGAACAUUUCGCCACCGUCUGUGAUAAUCCCGCUCAACAUUUCCGGCAGCUUUUCCAGUACUACAUUCCAGGGCUCGCAGUCUCUCCCGAAUCAAGAGGUAAGUCCUCCACCAAUUCCACCGAAGGCUCAUCAAGACGUCCCUUCGGCGCCUUCGAGUCUGGAAAGGGUGCCUAGAACGCACAGCCACGGCCACUCGGAGAAUUACUCCGUACCGAAGAUGCAGACGCUCUCCGUGGCGUCAGACACGGAGAGCACUGUGUAGCAACAAAUAUAUUUCCCUAGUCUCCUAGCGAUUAGUUUUAAGUGAUGUACGUGCCAUUAUGGUCAAAAGCGCGAAUCAUAUAUUCGAUUUAUACGUCCCUCGUAUCGUCGAGCGGGAUUUUCUUAGACAGUAAUUUGAGAUAAGAGAAUAUCGUCGUCGUCGUCGUCGUCGUCGUCGUUGUUAUCAUCAUUAUCAUCAUCAUCAUCAUCAUCGUCAUCGUCAUCGUCAUCGUCAUCGUCAUCGUCAUCGUCAUCGUCAUCGUCAUCGUCAUAUCUAGUGAACGAAAGACGGAAAAAACUGACUUUGAUUUUGCUUGUCGUUCAGAAAUCUCUGUUAUAUCUGUAAAUCAUCCUUUUUGUGCGUAGUCGAUAGCUGAAUACCUGAAAUCAAACUAAACUUUCGAUAUGUAACACGGACUAUAUUUCAACUCGCUUAUAUUCGUACCUUUGUAGAAAGUUAAAGAAGAAACAGAUGCGUAUUAUUAGAAUGUUCUUGCAUAACGAGAACGUCCAGCGAGAAUUUGAUUCUUGUCUGGACGCGAUUGACGAUCAAAAAAAAAAAACAAAUUAUAUAUAUUUAUCGAUAUAUAUAUAUAUAUAUAUAUAUAUAUAUGUGUAUAUAUAUAUCGACUUUACGUUAUAUAAAAGAUCGCUCUUCCAAUGUAUCACUCCACAUAUAUACCGACACUAUAUUUUGUAACUUAUUUAUAUUUUCGAGAAUAAAGGUAAUUUUUAAAUCAAUGACACUGUCAAACACUACGACAUGUGAUUAUCGUGAUGGCGCAAUUGUCAGAAGGGAAGGGCAACUAAAGUGAGGAGAAUCAGCAGCUUCGUCUCUCGAUGCUAAAGAGUAUAUAAAUUAUGUAUUUCGUGUCACAGUUCUCUUUUCUCUUUGUCAUAUGAAUAUAGUAUAUAUAUACAAAAGUAUUUAAAAAAAUCUUGUCGCACGAUUGUACGCUUCGACUUAUUACUAUUUCUUCUUUUUCUUCU